AUGAACCCACAGCGAUGGAUGCUGGUUGUCUGCUUUUCACUGGCCUCAGUUUUUGGGACAAGUGAAUCUGUGACAACGGCUGAAACUCAGACAUACACUUGCAGGACAUUUGGCAGCGGUGUCGUCCAGCCUUUCAACGCUUCAGCUUUCUAUGUGCACUCAAACUGCCCGUUCAUCCUCACCCGUUUCACCCACAACCGGGUUAAAUGUGACGUCACCGUACGGCGAGGAGGCAACGGGCUGCUGGUCCAAGUCGAGAUCAUCAUCAACAAAGUCAGGACUGUUCUGCAGAAUGGAAGCAUCCUGGUGGAGGAGAAAAGCGUUUCCCUCCCGUACGACCACACCUACCAGCACAUUUUCCGCUACGGCCUCUACACCCGACUGAGGAGCUCGCUGCUUCCUCUAUCUGUCACCUGGCACGAUGUACCUGGAGGGAUAGACUCUCUGAGGGUGGAUCUGGAGCAGGAGCUGAACACUGACAUGAUGGGACUGUGUGGGAAACACGGCGCCUCAGUCAACAAGCAGCAGUUGAUCUCAGAGAGCAUGCUCAGUGAGGACACAUGCCAAAUGCGAGAUCCCAUCUCUGCCAUUAAUCAGGAAUGCAGAGAGUUCUUCUCCUACACGUUGGACUGUCUGCAAGCCAGAACGCCUUUUUACAUGCAGCUCUGUGAGGAGAACAUCUACGGCUACGAACUGAAUGAACACAUCAGCUGCGCUUUCUUCAAAGAAAUUGUCCUGCAGUGCGGAAACAGCAGCUACGCCUGGAACAUUUGGAGAUACGUCACCAGAUGUGCUGAACCAACUUGUCCUGGAGAUCUGGUUUACGUGGAACAAGGUGCCGCCUUCGUUCCCAGCUGCUCCAGCCCAAACCCCAGAUUCUCCAUCCAGGACAUGACCAGCUCCUGUGUUUGCCUAAAGGGUGAGGUGCUUAAUGAUCACUUGGAUGGUUUCCAGUGUGUGGUUGAAUCCAGCUGUCCCUGUGUGUUCGCUGGCAGGAGCUACUUAACCAGAGAUAUACGUAGCACCAAGUGUCAGUCAUGUGUGUGUGAUGGUGGAAGGUGGCUUUGCUCUGAAAACUUCUGUCCACCCAGAUGUCUCAUUGAAGGACAGUUUGUGACGACGUUUGAUGGAAAACAAUAUGCAGUUCCUGGUAAAUGUGCAUACGUGGCCUUGCAGGACCUCGACUGGACAAUUAAAAUCGAGUUUUCGGAAAAGGAAGCAUCUCUGAAAGCAGUUACUCUGCAGCUCUAUCAGGAAACGUUUACAUUUGAACACAACAAGGUUAAAAGUGGAGACGAGGAGAUUACUGAGCUCCAUCAGUCUGAUCAAGUCCUGGUUUUCUGGCAGUCCUCUAUGUACGUUCAAGUCCACACAUCUUUUGGUCUGAAGAUCCAAGUCCAGGUGUCUCCUGAAGUCCAGCUUUACAUUACAUCACCUAGAAACCACACCGGCAUGAUGUCAGGUCUUUGUGGCAACAGCAACAAUGACACCACAGAUGACUUCACCACCAGCAGCGGGAUCAUCGAGAACUCGGCUCAACCGUUUGCUCUGUCCUGGAGUCUGGGCAACUGUGGAGUGAACAUCCCCAGCAGCUGCAUCAACACCGACAAUGAAAUCUUUGCUGAUGACAAGUGCUCAGUGUUGAACAACCCAGCUGGGAUUUUUGCCACGUGUCACGGCCACAUCCCUCCUGAUCAAUACCACACAGCUUGCGUCCAAAGAACCUGCAACUGUGGCGGCAACCUGCAGCAGUGUUUGUGUGUUUCUUUGGGAAGUUAUGCCAAAGCCUGCAGGAGUCUCGGCGUUGAACUUGGUGACUGGAGGAAAUCUACCAACUGCACUCUGAAAUGCCAAAAAAACCAAGAGUUCUUCUACGACAUCCGGGCCUGUAACCGUACAUGCCGCUCCCUGUCCGGCCGGGAUCCUCGCUGUGGCCUUGAAGAUGCUCCUGUAGAGGGAUGUGGUUGCCCUGAAGGAACUCACCUGAACCAAGGAAACACCUGCACCCCGAAGUCAGAGUGUUUCUGUCACCACCACGGCGUUGCAACGCCACCAGGGCCUGUUGUUAUGGACGGACGACAGUGCCUCUGUGAGGACGGACAACUGCACUGUUCCAAGGACUGUGGUUGUAGAAAUGGGAAGGUUUGCGUUCACUGCUCAGAGUAUCUGGUUAACACGGCUCAGAAAACCUGUGACAGCCUCAGUAAACCACUGGGUGCCAAUACGACCUGUGAGAGCGGCUGUUACUGCCCACAUGACCAAUACGAGGAUCACCAUGGAAACUGCGUUUCCAGGGACAACUGCACCUGUGUGUACAGUGGAAAAGUGUUCAGCGCAGGACAGCACGUGAAAACCAACUGUAAAACAUGCUUCUGUGGUUCUGGCCAGUGGCACUGUAAGGACGAACCGUGUCCCGGGACAUGUCAGGUUUAUGGAAACGGACAUUACCAGACCUUUGACUCGAAAUGGUAUCGCUUUGAUGGACACUGUCAGUACACACUUGUAGAGGACUACUGUGCGGAUGGAAAUGGCAGCUUCUCUCUCAGAGUGGAGAGCGUCCCAUGCUGCGAUGAGGCGUUGACCUGCUCUCGUUCCAUCGUCCUGGAUCUCCAGGGCGAAGUCACCCUGACACUGAGCGACAUGAGGGUGACCAGGCGCCUCGGAAAAGGCUGGACUCUGCAGGAGGAUCCACUUUACACCACACACACUGUGGGACUCUAUAUCAUAAUCUCAGUGCCAAGCAGAGGUUUAACUCUCAUAUGGGACAAACACACUCGGAUCACCGUAGAGCUUCACGCAGACUGGAGGAACAAAGUGUGUGGCCUCUGUGGGAAUUUUGACUCCAGUGAGAUGAAUGACCUGCAGAUAAGUGGCUCAGCAGUCGGGUCCAGUCCUCUGGCUUUUGGUAACAGCUGGAAAUCCGCCACACCUCCUUGUUCCGAUGUGACCACUGAGAUAUUUCCAUGUGAACGAAACUCCUACUGCUCAGCCUGGGCCCAGCGGCGCUGCAUGAUCCUUACAGGAGACACCUUCAAAGACUGUCACUUAAAGGUGGAUCCAGAUCCCUACUACCAUGCAUGUGUGCAGGAGUCCUGCUCCUGUGAGUUUGAAGGGAAGUUUCUGGGUUUCUGCACAGCCGUGGCAGCUUAUGCAGAGGCCUGCAGCAACCAAGAAGUCUGUAUAAACUGGAGGACGCCUGAUUUGUGUCCGGUCUACUGUGACUACUACAAUGAGCAGCACCAGUGUAGCUGGCACUAUGAAGCCUGUGGUAAGAUGCUGACCUGUGGAAAAGGCAACUACUUCACUCACAAACUGGAAGGCUGCUACCCCAGAUGUCCAAAGGAGGCGCCGUACUAUGAUGAAAAUACUGGUGAUUGCACCACAUUGAGGAACUGCACUUGUAAUUUCAAUGACACUGCAGUUCAGUCUGGAAUAAUGGUGAUAAUAAACUCUAUGGAGUGCCCCUGUGAAAAUGGAACAAUUACCUGCCCACCUACACCACCUCCACCGACAACUAUACUGACCACCGUCCUUACAAGUACUCUGAAAACAACUAUCAGUGAAACCACUCUGCUUUCCACUACCACUCCACCAUUAACUACCACCACCAGUGUCUCAACUACAACUAAAAACUGGCCAACUACUACCACCACUGCACCAACAACUGCUUCAACAAUGACCACCACAACCUCUACACCAACAACUACAACUACUUCAGCUACCACCACCACUGCACCAACGACAACUACAUCAGCAGUAUCAACCACCACUGCAACACCAGCAACUACACCUGAAACAUCGCUUUCCACCACCUCUACACCAACAACAGUUACCUCAACUACCACUGAAGCACCAACACCAUCAACAAUGGCCACCACCACCUCAACUACUGUGAGUACUUCAACUACCCCUGAAACAUCGGCAACAAUUUCCACCAUCGUCUCGACACCAUCAACUACAACUACUUCAACUACCAUGGAGACUUUGCUAACUAUGUCAACCUCCGCUUCGACACCAACAACUACUGCAACCGCCACUGAAACAUCGUCAAUAAUGCCCACCACCAACUCUACACCAACUACAACUACUUCAUCUACUGCUGAAAUAUGGUCAACAAUUGAAACCUCCACUUCUACACCAAAGGCUACAACUACUUCAACCACCCCUGAAACAUCAGCAACAACAUCCACCACCGUCUCUACACCAACAACUACUGCAACCACCACUGAAACAUCGUCAACAAUGCCCACCACCAACUCUACACCAACUACAGCUGCUUCAUCUACUGCUGAAAUAUGGUCAACAAUUGAAACCUCCACUUCUACACCAAAGACUACAACUACUUCAACCACCCCUGAAACAUCAGCAACAAUGUCCACCACCGUCUCUACACCAACAACUACUGCAACCAGCACUGAAACAUCGUCAACAAUGCCCACCACCAACUCUACACCAACUACAACUGCUUCAUCUACUGCUGAAAUAUGGUCAACAGUAGUAACCGCCACUUCUACACCAAAGACUACAACUACUUCAACCACCAGUGAAACAUCAUCAACCGUGUCCACCUCCACAACUAUACCAACAGCUACAUUUUCUUCAGCUACCACUGAUAUAUGGUCAACAACGCCCUCCAUCAACUCUACUCCAAAAACAACAGCCACUACAAAGACCACCGACACAUCAUCAACAAUGCCAACCUCCACCUCUACACUAUUGACAACAAUAACCGAUAUCUCUACCACUGAAAAUUGGCCAACUGAGCUUUCCACCAUCAGCACUCCACCAGUAAGUCCUUCAACUGUAACCCCAGUAGCCUCUACUGAAGCUAACACAACAGCCUCUACCAAGUUACCCACUACGUCAACCACAACUGGACCGAGCACCACUCCUUCAAAAACAACUGCUGUCUCAACACAAUUUACAACAGUAACAGAUGGCACUGAAUACACCACAGAGCAGACAACCACAGCACCUACAAGUGAAGCUCCUAUCACUUACACAGUUACAACAGAAACCUUCACCACCAGAAAACAGAUAGAGCCAACAGCAACAACACUUCAAUCAACAACCCCCUUUGCAACCAAUACUACAUUUGUCGUAACAUCAGGUCCAACUGAAGUUCCUACCACAAAAGCUUGCAUACCUACCUCAACUACCACACCACCAGAGAAUUACUGUACAGACCGGAAGAGGAAACAAAGCUGGCCUCCUGGUUGCUCGUGGACAGAAGACUGCUUCCAUAAGAUCUGUACAAGUGGGAAGAUAGAGAUGACCCCAGUGGUUUGUCCAGAAACUACAAUUCCCACCUGUCCUAGAGGUCUGGCAACGAAGGUGUCAGAUGGAUGCUGUGAAACAUGGACGUGUGAUUGCCGCUGUGAAGUGUACGGAGACCCCCACUAUAUCACUUUUCAAGGAUUAAACUAUGAUUUCCUGGAUGAAUGCACCUACACCCUGGUGGAGGAACAGUCACCACGUCACCAUCUAACCAUUGUUGUGGACAACUUCUACUGUGUGCCGGGCCUCCAGGGCUCCUGUGCUAAAGGCAUCACCCUGACAUAUAACAACAAUAUAGCUACACUCCGUAUCAUCCCACUUUUGUUUACAGUGCAGGCCACUCUGAACAAUGAGACCAUACAGCCACCCUAUGAGGAGCAUGGGUUGAAGUUUGAGACCACAGGGUAUAUAGUAUCAGUUAAUCUCCCAGAGAUUCGCUCCUUCAUCUCCCUCAGUCCAUCGUAUACGCUGGUGAUCAAUCUGGCCAUGGAGCACUUCCUUAACAACACCCAGGGACAAUGUGGCGUAUGUGGCGGUCCAUCAUGUAUCCGUAAAGAUGGAAGAAUUGAGGAUGACAGCUGCUGUGAUAAGACAGCCUAUGAUUGGGUGUAUCCUGACCCUAAGAAGCCGACAUGUUUUUCUGCACCAAUAGAUGUACUCUGCUCUAAUGUACCAACACCCUCACCGCCUCCAACUUUUUGCCCUCCGAACCCACUAUGUGAACUGCUAUACCACCCAGUCUUUGAGAAUUGCAGCAAGUAUGUGGAUCUAAGCAUUAAAAAGAAGAACUGUGAGUUUGAUUCAUGCAGUGGUUCAAAUUCCUCCUGCUCCUCUUUGGAACAAACUGCUGAGGAAUGUAAAAAGGCUGGUUUCUGUAUUGAUUGGAGAAGACUGACUAAUGGAGGCUGUGAUGUGAAGUGCAGAGAGGGAUUGGUUUACAGAGAAUGUAGCAACAAGCUGGAUGACUUCUGCCAUGGAGGAGUGCGUUAUGAAGGGGCUUCCCUUAAAGAGAAAAGCUCAGGUUGUUUCUGUCCCAGAGGUCUGCUCAGGGCUGGAAAUCACUCAGACAUGUGUGUUUCUGAGUGUCCCUGUUGCAAAGGACCAAUUGGAGAACCCAAGUGGCGUGGAGACGUCUGGCAGUCUGGUUGCAACCUGUGUACAUGCAACAACCGGACUUGCAUGGAGGAGUGUUAUUUCAAACCUCCUAAACCUCGCUGUGGCCAAAAUGAUGUUUUGAUAAACACCAGCUGCUGUGGCGACCAGACUUGUGUUGAGAAGCUCUGCAAGUACAAUGGAAAGACUUACAAGGUGGGAGACAGAUGGAAAGAUGCCACUCAUCCCUGCACAUCAUUCAGCUGCAGCAAAGAAGGAGUUCAGACGGAGACUAAAGUCUGUCCCAGAGAAAACUGCUCUGAGGAGGACGGGAUCUGGGACGACCAGCGCUGCUGCUUUACAUGUAACCAGAGCUGUUCCCCCAAAGUGUCCAGCUUCAGCGUCACCAUAGAAAACUGCACCGCUGUGGUACAGAUUCCUAUGUGUCGGGGUCAGUGUGUGUCUGAGUCCAGGUUGGUGUUACACGGCGACCUGCAGGUGCAGCAGGAGGACAGAUCCUGUCAGGAGAACAGUUCAGAGAGACGAUCAGUGACGCUGCGCUGCUCCGACCAAACCACCAGACAGCACACCUACAGACACAUCACCGGCUGUGAGUGCAGAGCUUCCAUCAUAUGGCGCUGAAACGUACAAACGGAAGACGACAAUCAUCCGUUUGUGUCCAUUACACUUUAAAAUCUACAUGUAAGGUGUUCAAAUUCAGCGGUUUUAUUGCAACAGGUGCUCCAUCUGUUUUCUUCCAA